AUGUCUUUUUUAAACCCCCGCCACAUCUUCCCUCUCUUUGUCGCAACGACCACCACUUUUGGCGGCCUACUCGCGCUCUUCAACCCCACCGGAUCAAUCAAAGCUUUCGGUCUUCCAGACAGAAUCGCCUCGUCUCCAACCGCUCAUGCUACCUUCAGCCUCUCUUCGGCACGCACAUCGGUUAUUGGACUGCUGAUUUACACAUUUCAUGCCAGAGGCGACUUCAGGGCUAUCGACAGCGUUCUUCUGAUUUCAGGUUUCUACUGUGGCAUUGUUGAUGGCUACGUUUGCUAUAAAGAAGGCGAAUCAGGAAAGGGGCUGUUCCGAGUUUUGAGCUCAUGGGCUGUUGGGCUGUAUGGUGGUCUGGGGAUUACUUCCGUAAGCCAUGUUGCACUUGUUUCUUCUAUGUUUGAGAUAGUUGCUAACCAUGAAAUACUCCAUACGCAGGGAUGA